UUAGUUGUUGCAAAAAUGAUUCCUUUGACAUCAGGAAUCUUUUGUCUGACUUGUGCAUUAUCCUCUCCCCUAACAUGCUCUUUGUCCUCUGCUUUAUUUCAGACCACUCUAAAAGUAGAUGUGUGUUUGUUUCUUCCAGGAGACAGUAACCCCAAGGAAAGCAGCCCCUUCAUCAACAGCAGUGAUGCUGCCACAGAGAAGACUCAGCAAUAUGACCGCAAGAACAUGGCCCUGUUUGAGGAGGAGAUGGACACCAGCCCCAUGGUGUCAUCUCUUCUCAGUAGCCUGGCCAACUAUUCUAACCUGCCUCAAGGUAGCAAGGAGCAUGAGGAGGCUGAAAACAAUGAGGCUGAGUCAUCACGCAAGAAACCUGUUAAGGCUCCCCAGCUCGGCACACUGAUGGGCGUUUAUUUGCCGUGCAUCCAAAACAUCUUCGGAGUCAUCCUGUUCCUCAGGAUGACCUGGUUGGUGGGAAUCGGAGGUGUCAUUGGGACUUUCAUCAUCGUUUUCAUGUGCUGUACCACAACCAUGCUGACUGCCAUCUCUAUGAGUGCCAUCGCUACCAAUGGAGUAGUGCCAGCUGGAGGCUCCUACUACAUGAUCUCCCGUUCACUGGGCCCUGAGUUUGGGGGAGCGGUCGGAAUCUGUUUCUACCUGGGGACCACGUACGCUGGAGCCAUGUACAUCCUCGGAGCUAUUGAGCUCCUCUUGAUCUACAUUGUGCCCAAAGCAGCCAUAUUUCCCCUGGAGGGCCUAGAGGGUGCUGAGGCCGAGGCCGCCCUGCUUAACAACAUGCGCGUGUACGGGACCAUCCUGUUGACCUCCAUGGCCACAGUGGUAUUCGUUGGCGUAAAAUAUGUUAACAAGCUGGCACUCGUGUUUCUGGCAUGCGUCAUUCUCUCCAUCUUGGCUGUCUACGCCGGAGUCAUCAAGACCGCCAUGGAUCCACCUGUAUUCCCGGUGUGUAUUUUGGGGAAUCGCACUUUGGUGUGGAAGUCCUUUGAUGUUUGUGCCAAGACCAUUGAGACAGCUAAUGGGACAGUCACAACCCAGCUGUGGCAGAUGUUCUGUGAUUCACCUUUUCUCAAUGCUACCUGUGACAAAUACUUUGUUGCCAACAAUGUGACUGAGAUCCAGGGCAUCCCUGGGGUCACUAGUGGAAUCUUGGCAGAUAACCUGUUUGGAAACUACUAUGAGAAAGGGGACCUCAUUUCCAGGGAUAAGAUGGAGUCAGUGGAAGACCAGGACGAUCCUCUAACCAACGCUAACCGCUACGUGUUAGCCGACAUCACCAGCUUUUUCACAUUGCUGGUUGGCAUUUACUUCCCGUCUGUGACAGGGAUCAUGGCUGGAUCCAACCGUUCUGGAGACCUGCGCGAUGCACAGAAGUCAAUCCCCAUUGGAACAAUUGCAGCCAUCACCACCACCUCUACUGUCUACAUGUCCAGUGUGGUUCUGUUUGGUGCCUGCAUUGAGGGUGUGGUCCUCAGGGACAAGUUCGGAGAGGGCGUCCAUGGGAACUUAGUGAUUGGCACAUUGGCUUGGCCAUCACCAUGGGUGAUUGUGAUUGGCUCUUUCUUCUCCACCUGUGGAGCAGGCCUCCAGAGCCUGACGGGAGCGCCUCGUCUCAUGCAGGCCAUUGCCAAGGAUGGCAUUGUGCCCGCUCUUCGGAUCUUUGGCCACGGGAAGGCCAACGGAGAACCCACAUGGUCCCUCCUGCUGACGGCUUGUAUCUGCGAGAGUGGGAUCCUCAUUGCCUCCCUGGAUGCAGUCGCUCCCAUCCUCUCCAUGUUCUUCCUGAUGUGCUACAUGUUUGUGAAUCUGGCAUGUGCACUCCAGACACUGCUGAGGACACCAAACUGGAGACCACGGUUCAAGUUCUACCACUGGACUCUUUCCUUCCUGGGGAUGAGCCUGUGUCUUACUCUUAUGUUCCUCUGUUCCUGGUACUAUGCCAUUGUCGCUAUGGUAAUUGCCGGUUCCAUCUACAAGUAUAUCGAGUUUGCAGGUGCGGAGAAAGAAUGGGGCGAUGGAAUACGGGGUCUGUCUCUAAGUGCUGCACGUUACGCUCUCAUGCGGUUGGAGGAAGGUCCCCCACACACCAAAAACUGGAGGCCUCAGCUGCUGGUGCUGGUCAGUACAGAUGCAGAGCAAAAUGUGGAGCAGCCUCGUCUGCUUUCACUGACCAACCAGCUGAAGGCAGGCAAAGGUCUAACUAUUGUUGGGACAGCUCUAGGGGGCACGUUCUUGAACAACUAUGAACAGGCGCAGCGUGCAGAGCAGGCACUGCGUAAGCUGAUGGAGACAGAGAAGGUGAAGGGCUUCUGUCAGGUGACUGUGUCCUCUAACCUGCGUGAUGCUACAUCACAUCUGCUCCAGGCCAGUGGACUGGGAGGCCUGAAACACAAUGCUGUCUUGGUCUCAUGGCCACGCAACUGGAAGCAAGGAGACGAGCAUCAGCACUGGAGGAACUUCAUUGAGCUGGUCAGAGAAACUACCGUCGCUAACUUGGCUCUGCUCGUCCCAAAGAACAUCUCAGCCUUCCCAUCCAACGGCGAACGCUUCACCGAGGGUCACAUUGACGUGUGGUGGAUCGUCCAUGAUGGAGGCAUGCUGAUGCUGCUGCCCUUCCUGCUCCGCCAGCACAAGGUUUGGAGGAAGUGCAAGAUGCGCAUCUUUACUGUGGCCCAGAUGGACGACAACAGCAUCCAGAUGAAAAAGGACCUGACCACAUUCCUCUAUCACCUCCGUAUCGAUGCCAUGAUAGAAGUUGUAGAAAUGCAUGACAGUGACAUCUCAGCCUACACUUACGAGAAGACCCUGGUGAUGGAACAACGCUCGCAGAUGCUUAAACAGAUCAAUCUGACAAAGACUGAACGUGAGAGAGAGAUCCAGAGCAUCACUGAUUCAUCCCGUGGGUCUAUCCGGCGUAAGAACCCGGCUGCUGUAACAACCCAACUAAGUGUGACUGAAGACCCACCUGCUGGCAGCAAGGAGGAGAAGCCCGAGGAAGAGUCAAAGUCGGCCUCUUCCCCUGUGUCCCCCCCUGCCCAGGUUCAGCUCAUCCAUGACAAUACCACCCCGGCCAGCCCUGCAACCCCAGCCACUCCGCUGACCCCUGGAGAGGGGGCUCAGAGCCCAGGGGAGCAGGUCCAAAUGACCUGGACUGAGAAGUGUGACGGCGAGCCAGCCAAGCCGCCUGGAGCAGCAACACCAGAGGGCAUCAAAGACAUCUUCAAUAUGAAGCCUGAGUGGGAGAACCUGAACCAUUCCAAUGUGCGACGUAUGCAUACAGCUCUCCGGCUGAAUGAGGUCAUUGUUAAAAAGUCUUCAGAGGCCAAGCUAGUCCUCCUCAACAUGCCAGGGCCACCCAGGAACCGGACAGGUGAUGAAAACUAUAUGGAGUUUCUUGAGGUCCUCACUGAGGGCCUGAACCGAGUCCUCCUAGUCCGUGGAGGUGGUCGCGAGGUCAUCACUAUCUACUCCUGAAAGAGCAAACCCCCUCCCCUCAUUAUCACCCCUCUCUCAGCCCUGCUCCUGUGUCACUCGUACCCAAACCCUCUCAUCAAUGCUGCACCAUUAUUAUAUCAUUCUUACAGUUUAUUUCUAUGACAUAGUCCUCUCACACUCAACCAAAUAACCCAGCUCAGCUUCAGCACCUCUCCGCCAGCUCCAACCCCAGCAAACCAACAAGCAGUAUUAAACACUAAGCUACUCUCACUCCAGGCAAAAAAGCUGCUAUAAAUAGUAUAGGCUCUAGACUGAAUUAGAUGCUAUCAACAUUUGUUCUUGGAGACGUUUUUUGCUUUGCAAGAUUGAAGUCUGCUACAGAAACUCGCACUGAGUCGCAGUGACUCGGUCAGGAGGAGGUGGUGAUGGGGUCUGCAUGGGUUGUUAGCUGAGGUGUGAGCACACAUGCAUGUAUGUGUCUCUUUGCUUUAAUCUAGGUAGAUUUUAUUUAUUUUUUUUCCCCUGUUCGAACACAAAUGUGGCAAAGACACGGCUUCUCCACGGAGAGAUCGAGAGCCAGAUGAAAUGAGAUCAAUGUAGGAUUGUCUAUUCGGUUCCCUCGUGGUGAUCGGACACUUCCCACAGCGUUCCAGCCUGCUGUCUACGAUGUGAAUAACCGUUCAAGGCAAAAGACACUUCUACCCACAGUCAGUGUCACCUGCUAGAGGACGUAUGUAUGAGUAAUUCACAAUGGCAUUUGAAAAAAGUGAAAUGGCAUGUGGAUCAGACUUGCAGUAUUAUCUUUAAAUUGAUGCUCCACUCGUUCUGUUGAUUCCAUCACCUACACUCCUUUCAGCUCAUUUCUUAGUGGCUGUUCAUCCCUGUGGCCACUGUUAGUGCCAAAAAAUACAAGGCUAGCUUAGUUUGUCGAGAUUGACCCACAAUUAAACUGUGAAUAGCAGAAGCCUGGUGUGACAGCGGAGUGGGGAGAGAUGACAAAGCCCCCUCUGAGGAGAUUAUCAGCGCCAGCACCCCUCGACCUCUCGUGUGGAUCACUGUAAAUAAUGUACAAGCUCUGACGCGUUGUUCAGUAUGAGUGUAGUAUUUUUGUGACAUACUAAAAAGAUUCUAAUGGAAAGGAAAAACAGAGACAGCUUAAAACAGCUGCUUUAAAAAAAGGUUAUUUAUUUAUUUAUUUAUUUAUUGGAUUUAUUUAUUGGAUGGCAUAGGCUCCUUUCACUAUGAUAAGCGUCAUUGUAACCUCGACAAAGCACUGCACCUGCACUGUCCACCACUGUGCGACGAGUGAAAUUUUGAUGAUUUCAUCAAGUUCAUUAAGAAAAAGAAAAAUACUAAAUGUUAUUUUUUCAUGUAGAGAACAAAUAUGUAUUUACGUUUGUAGACUGAAUUUACACAUAUUGAUGAAAUAGCUGUAUAUCAUCGUGGCAUUCAUAGCUCUGCCACUGUUUUGCCAAACUUCAAUACAUUAAAUGUGCCAUAUCGAAGUUUUUUCAGAGAAGUGGUAAACAAAAUUCUGACAAUUCAAGUUAGAGAGAACAAAGUGUCAUAAAAAAAAAAGGUAAAAGGACGCGUCUAUGGGAAACUAGCAUGGUGAUGACACUGUAGUUGGAACUUCACCCUAUAGAUAAUUAAAGAAUACAUGUUCAGCCCUCCAUAAAACGUCCAGCUGUUGUCGAUAUCUGCUCUUGCCGAGUUGAGUUUUUGAACAUCUAUUGGUUAUUUGUUUAUAGGGUCUAGCCUAAAUAAAUAGAGAGGACAAUGGCUUCUGUAGCUACUCACUUUGUCCACAAGAAUGAACUCUAUGCAGUAGACUACUCUCCAGUGAGAUUUUCUAUCCUAUUUGAUUGGUUGUGAACAAAUCAUAUUUACGUUUGAAGAAGAGUGCAUUUUUGAAGGAAUGUGCAAUGGUUGAAAUCUGGACUCACGUGAUCACGUUAUUUAUUUUUUUACACAUAUAUUUUGUAUAUGUAGAUUUCGUAAGUCUUAUAAAAUCCAAAAUCAUCUCACUCUGACCAAGGACAGCUGUCACUUUACUUUGAUUGCUCCUGUUUCUUUUCUUAAAGAAACUGUUUUUGGUCAUUUGCACUUCUAGUAGAAAUAUACAGUAAAUAUAAAUAAACAUAUAUAUAUAUAUAUA